AUGAGUACCGCUGAAACGUACCAAGACGAGCAAGUCCUCCCGCAGGACGUGCUACCGAAGCACUCGGUCUUUCCGUUUCUCCACCUUCCGCGGGAGCUCCGAGAUCAGAUAUACGACUAUGCAUUUGCUAUUCAAGAUCACCAUGGCCAGCGUCCUAUUGAGCGGCGUAACUUGAAAAUCUUCAAGCCCAGCGCUGCUUCCAUCCUGCUCGUGACCCGGCACGACUACUUCCUGCUCAACCGCCAAGUCGCCCGUGAAGCGCUCGAAGUCCUCUUCAAACACCAUACUGUCUUCCUCAGCAGCGGUCCCUUUGUCCUCAAGGCAAUACUUGAAAAGAUUGAAGAACCGAAUGGACCUAGUAGGCAAUGGCUGAAGUGGCUGCGCAAGAUCGAACUGGACUGGGUGACGUUCCCUUCACUCCAGCACUACCCACCUGAGAUGGGCAAAUGGAGAGAUGAUUCGCACUGGGAGCAUGACACGGCCGAAGUCGACGUCGACUACAUACGAGGCGCAUACUACAACGGCCACUACGACGAAUACGACCACGAAGGCGUCCACUACGAAGACAACUUCUACGACCCUGGCAACUCAUCUCUCUACCCUUCCUUCCGCCCAUCCACGACAGCUACAGCACAAACAUCAGACGACCCCUUUGGCUUCGCAACCCACUACCCCUUCACAGACCCAACCCGCGACCCCGUCCACGAAGCCUCAGCAGCAGACAUAUCCUCCAAGCUCAACCUACUCGUCUCCUCAGAAGUCACCCCUCUAUUCACAUACCUCGCCUCCCCCACUUUCAACCUCCACAGCAUCACCCUCCCGCUAGCCUUCAUCUCCCGCGAAUCCCACUACCAGCGCAGCGUAUCCCGCCCGGGUUACGCACUUCCCCUGAAAAUCCGCUACUGGGUCAAAGUCUGUGCGCAUGCCCUCCUCAUGCUCAUCUCGCCUACACAUGAUGCAGCAACAAAGCCGCCUCUCGAAGAGGUAAGAGUGAAAUACGCACCAUCAGAUAUCUGGGCCAGCAUGGAACCCGCAGACGACUUGCGCCGUAUGGUGACGGCAGGUGUGUGGUUCGAUGAUGAUGAUGAUGAUGAUGAUGAUGACGAGGAUGGCGGUGAUAGGCAAGGAGAGGGCGAGGCGUUUCGCGCCAUGUGGGAUAGUGUGCAUGCGAGUUUAUCGCAGCAGCAGCUUGCGAGUCUAGGACCUCGUUUUGGUCUCAAGGCAAAAGUUGACUUUGUGGCUUGGGAUGGGAAUAUGGACAGUGGGAGGUUGGGGGAUGAGCUGGAGGUUGUGUUUAGUAGGGAUGUGACAGCUCAGGUGUAG